AUGAUUAUAUCGGAUUUAUCUAAAAUCAGUGAGAAUCAAGGAUCAAGUUGUGGUGAUUCAUCAAAUAUUAGUGUUGUAGAAGUUUCUCGUGCUGUUUGUUCAACUGGAAGUAAUGAUUCGGUAGAUUACACUGUUUCACCUGGUGGUGUGAGGUAUUAUAUACCUAGUUGUGUUGAUGCAGUUGAUACUCAAGUUUGUAAUCAGGUAUUUGAUAGUUUGGAAAAGGCUUACCGGUUUUACAAGGAGUAUGGCAGAUUGGGUGGUUUUGAUGUACGAAAAGCAACCGAAAAGAAAGAUUCUGAUGGUACGAUAAUAUUGAAGCAAUUUGUUUGUAGUAAAGAAGGUUUUAAUGAUGUUAAGUUUGGAAAUUCAGAUGAAGUUGUAGCUAAAGGAGUUAGGGGAAGACGUACUGUAACACGUAGAUGUGGAUGUAAAGCCAAAUUUGUUGUUAAGAUUACGAAUCAAAAUAGAUAUUAUGUGUUAAAUUUUGUAGAACUUCACAAUCAUACGUUGGCGAGUGAAACUAGUAGGCAAUUUCUGAGGGCUAGUAGAGAUAUGACAGUUGGUUUGAGGAGUAUAGUAUUUGAUGCUGCAAAAGUUAAUAUUGGUUGCAGCAAGAUGUUUAGUUUGGUCAAGGAAAUGACUGGUGGCUAUGUUAAUGUUGGUGCUACAUUACGCGAUUUUAGGAAUUUUGACAGGGAUUUAAAAGAGUUUGUUGGAGAGAGGGAUGGCCAGAUGUUGAUUGACAAGUUUAGAGUAAUGCAGGAGACAUCCAAAUCAUUUUAUUUUGCUCAUGAAGUUGAUGCUGAGGGUCACUUAACUAUGCUUUUCUGGGCUGAUGCAGUUGGGAGGAGAAACUUUGAAAUUUAUGGCGAUGCUGUGUCAUUCGAUGCCACAUUUGAUACAAACAAGUAUAAUAUGAUUUUUGCUCCUUUUACUGGUGUUGACAAACAUGAUAGAUGUGUCACAUUUGCUGCUUGUUUGUUAUCAAAAGAAGAUAUUUGUCAUUAUAAUUGGGCUUUUAAACAAUUUGUCAAAGCUAUGGGACGAAAUCCCGUUGUGUUUAUUACUGAUCAGUGUCCAGCAAUGAAAGUAGCUGUGCCGGUUUCAUUUUGUGGAGAUAAUGAUUUGAUUCCUGGUAAACAUCGCCUUUGUAUGUGGCAUAUUAUGCAAAAAUUUCCAAUCAAGGUUGGCAAUCGAUUGUGUAAAGAAACAGAUUUCAUGGAAAAAAUGAAAAAGUACAUAUGGUCGUCAAAUUUGGAAAUUGAAGAAUUUGGAAAUGGAUGGCAAUCAGUUAUAAAAGAAUUUAAUUUGGAAGAUAAUAAAUGGUUGGCAGAUAUGUAUGAAAUAAGGAAGUCUUGGAUUCCUUCAUAUUUCAGGGACAAUUCUAUGUUUAGCUUGAUGAGAACUACUUCAAGGUCCAAAAGUGAAAAUUACUUCAAUUCUAUGUUUGGCUUGUAG